AUGGCAACUACAAACGGUGCUACUACCGCCCCCGAGCAGUCGGGCGGCCCUACCAGCAACCUUGGCAAGGAUGAGGUCGCCUGGUUUUUCGUCGAGCAGUACUACACAACCCUGAGCAAGACGCCCGAGAAGCUACACCUUUUCUAUAGCAAGCGCUCUCAAUUCGUCUACGGCCAGGAGGCUGAGGUUGCCGACGUGUCGGUUGGCAGACAGAACAUCCAAGAGCGAAUCAAGGCCCUUGAUCUCUCCGACACCUGCAAGGUCCGCAUCUCGAAUGUCGACUCUCAGUCCUCGUUUGACAACAUUGUCAUCCAAGUCAUUGGCGAGACGUCCAACAAGGUUGGCGACGAUCCCAAGAAGUUUGUUCAGACUUUCGUGCUGGCCCAGCAGCCCUCUGGCUAUUUCGUCCUGAACGACAUCCUCCGCUACCUCGACGACGAGACCGAGGACGAGCAGGGCGAUAUCGCCGCCCAGGAGGGAGCCGUCGAGGUCACCGCCCCGGCCCCCUCGGCCCCUGCUGCCGAGACUCAGGAAGAGCCCGAGACCAAGACCGAGUCUGUCGCCGAGGAGCCCGCGCCUGCUGCCUCCACUCUCGACGCCGGUGUUAUUGAUCAGAAGCUGGAGGAGGUUGCCGGCAAGGAGACUCCUCCUGUCAACGGUGAUAAUGCCGUUGAGUCCGUUGCAGAGCCUGAGAAGGCUGCGGCACCCGAGGCUGCAGCCCCUGUCGAGGCCGCACCUGUCGCCGAUCCUGAGGAGACCGCACGCCUGCUUGAGGAGGAGGACACCAAGGAGCCCGAGAAGCCUACUGACCCCAGCCCUACUCCGGUGACUUCCCGACAGCAACCUCCCGCUCCCCAAGCCGCUGCUCCCGCCCAGCCGCCCAAGCCGAUGACCUGGGCAAGCCGUGCUGCCGCCGCUGCCGGACCUCCUAAACCCGUGGUCCCCCUCCCCAAGACGGCUACCCCUCCGGCCCAGGCGCGCUCGGCCGCGCCCGCCGCCUCGGCCGCCAAGCCCGCAGCCGCCCCUGCCCAGACCGCCGAGACUCCCGCAGCUGCCACAGCCGCGAAGGAGUCCUCCGAGUGGCAGACGGCCGGCAGUGACUCCAAGAGGCACAACCGACCCCAGUCCAUCUCUGGACCCCAAGCUGAGAAAGAGGGUAUUCUGGGCUACGUCAAGUACGUUACGGAGAAGGUCCAACACGAAGAUUUGAAGUCAGCGUUGGCCCAGCACGGCGAGUUGGUGUACUUCGACAUCAACCGUGCUAAGAGCUGCGCUUUCGUUGAGUUUGCGACUCCGGCCGGGUACCAGGCUGCUGUCGCUGCUAACCCCCACACCGUAAACGGAGAGAGCAUCACUGUGGAGCCUCGACGACCCAAGUCGCAGGUCUACGGUGCCGGCAACUAUGGAUCGGGACGUGGAAACGCUCCUAGCCGCGGAGGACGUGGCGGUUUCGAGGGUGGCCGAAGUGGAAGCCAAGGUGGCCGAGGCAACUUUGGUGGCCAGAACCGUGGUAGGGGUAGCGUCCGUGGUCGGGGCGGCGCGCAGGCCACCAGUGCUUAA